CCUGCCUCAACCCCACGGGGCUGUAUUUGUCGACAUCAAUCAGUCUAUUGCUCCCCACCACCGGGAGCUCUUCUACCAUCCGGUAUGACGUUCUUCGUUGGGGAUCUGGUGGUUUCUGUCUCCGGGUGCUGCAUCGAUGAGAACGCAGGCCCGUUGCUGAACCCCUGCGUGGAGCUCUCCGUGGGCAACAAGCUGCACAGCACACGCCUCCCGGUGGAAUCACGCGGUGGCACUGUCGGGGAGGGGGAGGGGGCCAGCAGGAAGAGGAGGAGCUCCGCCGUAGCGUUUCACGGUGUGACGGAACGGGACGUACUGAUGGUCACGGUGCUGGAUAGAUCCUCUCCACCCUCUUCCGCGGCACCGGACGGCCGAACGAGACCACUCUACGUAGCCGAGGCCAAGCCCCUCCGGUGCACGCACUGGGGCUCAGGGGGGCGCCCAACCCGCCGCACUUGCGUCGUGGCACCCCCGGAGGAAGCCCAAGAGCUGGCUUCGGGUGGUUCGGCCGUAGACCGGGACGGUGGUGAUCCCCGCGGGCGGGGCGGGGCUACUAGCGGGGUCGGGAGUGAGGUCCUUCGCCGGGGAGGGGAGUCGACGGUCCAGCUGGCGAUCUGCUGGUCGCCCGCGAUUCGGCUCAAGCGACCGCUGUCCCUGGUGGCGCGGGCGGGGAGGCUGACGGCGCGUGUGGUUUCUCGGAAGAUCGACAGGCCGGCGGCAGCGGUGCUGAACCUCGGACUGGGCGGGGCGGAAAAGGCCUCCGAUUUUUUCCUCUUUGGAGACCCGCGGCUGAAAGCGGCCGCCCUGGUCGCGUUUGCGGUGUCCAUGUCCCUGGGUUCGGCGGUUGUCGUGGCCGCAGCGGCGUGCUUCUUACCGGUCAUGCUGGCGCUGUCGGCGGCAGCGGCGGCGACCUUCGCGACUCUCGGGCCGCCGGCAUUGGCCUUGACCUGGGUCUUCGCGUGCACGGGCCCCGCGUGCGAGCAGCUCUGGAGACCGCUGCUGGUCUGGACCGGAACACGGUGGGGUUUGUUUCGGAGAUUGCUACUGCUACCCUUGGAAAUCGAGGCGGAAAGCUUGGGGGAAGGUGGGGACGGCGGCGACCGGGGGGUUUUGUUGAAGGGACUGGAGACGUCUGCAAUGGGAGAGGAAACUGCGCGGAGAUGGUUGCCGCCCCCCUCGGCAGCGGACGGACGGCAGGCCGAAGAGAAACCGAACGCUAUAAUUCCCGUUGGCGGUGAGGGUAGUCAGGAGAGAGGCGGCGGCGUACGAAACGGCGGGAACGCAGCCGACGCGGGGGCAGUAGUUCUUCUCCUGGCGUGCUACCAAAACCUGAUCGGGGUGCUGCAUUCCGGGCUGGAGGCGUCACGCUGGCGCCCUCGUCCGCGAUGAAAAGGGAAAUAACGCUGCCAAGCAAAUUGCGCAAUGGCCGUGAUGUGGAAGUCCGGGGUACCUAUACAUGCACAAGGGAAACGCAACCUUGCAUCGGUGUGGUGUUAUGGUGACGGUGUCAGGGCUCUUUCCUAUUGGCGAAUUUUGUUGCUUUGUUCACCACUCGAAUUUUUUUCUGUGUUCCACCUUUGAUCCUGCGCACGUGCUUUGAGCUUGGCUAAAACUCUGGGCAAGUUUCUCGCAAUAACUAUUUUGUUGGUGAGGUCUACGAACAGCAGCGUGUGAUCGAUUUGGCUGUACCUGGUCAUAUUGUACACCUGCGAUUGUUUUCUCCGAGUCGAAGGCCUGACUGUCAAUCGUCAGGUCCGUCGGACAGCGUAUAUUUUCUGUGCAAGUGAAUGCGUGCAUGCGUGUGGCUACAUAUCAACCGAAUUCAUUGUGUGCAGACUGGGUUUUGCGCCGUGUUCCGUUGGGGCGUACUACAGGUAGCUUUUGGAUGCGUUUCGGUGCCCCGAAGAACGCAUAAGCCUUGGUCGGGCACUCUCUUCACUCUGCGCCCCUCCUGCGUCUUGUCAUGCGCACCCAAUGGAAGCUACAAACGAGGUUGUGUACGUAGUCACCGACGCGAAUGCAGGCAUAGACUCCCCGGCGUUUGCCGGCUCUAUUGAGAUCCGGACGUAUUGUCCCGUAAGCUGUAGCCAGAGUUGUUCAACUCAACAGUUGCCCAUUAUUUUUCUCGAGUGUUUCGCGAACAGUUCGUACGCGGCACCGUUGGUUCAGCCACCUCUCGCCGCACUGCUGUACCGUUAAAAAAAAUAAUCACGAGAUUGGGAACACGUUUAGCUGACCACGGUUCCGAUAAUGAUAUGUCACAAUCAAGAAGUUGCCGUUUCGUCCCCCUGUUGCGCUGGGCCUUUCCUUUUGCUUUCCGAAAACGGCGCGCACGUUGUAGAGGGAGAAAACCAACUGUACGACGCACGCAGCGUUCGAGUGAUGAAACACACCUGAUUUUUGAGCCAGAUGAGAUUUGAAGAAGUCGCUCUAGAGAAACGGAAAACCUUCCACCCAUACGAAAUCGACACCUACCUACCUGCGGCAUUGAUCGGUAAUAACAAAAGAAGGGUAUUGGCCAGGGGAGACAAGAUCGAACGCGAUUUUUCUGCCACACACUCAACCUCCGCACUUCACACACCUAGUCUGCAACAACAGCAACCACAAGACCGCAUCUACGUCCCGAAACCUUUUACUAUUCUUGCGCAGGUUUGGGGCAAAAACGGGUUGCUCCGGUCAAAAGCCGACCACGAAAAAAGAAAUCACACCGAAAGGAUUACGGUCAAAAAGUAGUUGUUCAAAAAUGGGUAUAUUUUCGGUAUUUUGCGUGCCGCUACGGCAAGAAUCAGCCCCGUACACUCACAGAAUGUGGCGUCCUGCAGCAGCGGAGGUGGCGGUGCUGCUGUAGCUCGUAGACUUUGUUAUCUACCACAGAGGUUACACUGCUGUCACCGCUCUAUCACAGAGGUUGGUCUACACUGCUGUGAGAUCGGUAGGCCCGAGCGAGCUCUGGAAAGAGAAAUGUAGAUAGAUUUUCUUAUCAACUGACUCCCUGGUCAGGCUUUGAUGGGUGCUAGAUGAGAGUGAGCACAAGGGGCGAAGGCGCGCUUGUGUCUCAUCUCAACAACAAAACAAAAACAAAAAACAAGCAGCAAAAACACAGCAGGUUCCGAGGGUCUCCGGAGUAAUGGCCCGAGUACCGGAAUUUCGGGGUUCGGAACAAUAAAACAACUACAGUCUCGCCUGCCAAAUUAUCUCCGCUACAACUCUGUGCUCAUGUUCUCUGCUGAGUACCAUCUCUUCUUUCUGUAUUAUGUCUACGGAAGGCUAGUUGCCGCAGUCGCACCUAUGGUAAACUGUGCCUGACUACGUUGUAACAGUUUUCCUCGACACGGUCCCUCGAUUAGGCAAGUAGCCGAUGUUCCAAACAACCUUCACUUCGCUGCCAUUCUUGCGACCCCUCGAUUCCCAAUCCAUAUCAAAGAAUAUCGACCUCCACAUGACUGAAUCCAUCCUGUGAGCAAUACACGCGUCCAAAACAUUCAACCAUACUAUGCGAUCUUGUGCUUAAUAUCUCCUAGCACUUGUAGUCCUUGAUGAGUUGCAUGAUGGUGGCGAAUCGCUGCUUCGGGAGAUGUUUCGUCGCGAUGUCCGCCAACAUCGUGGCACUAGGUUGGUGGUGAAGAGUGAUCCGGUGCCCCUUCGUGAGUUCCCUGAGGAAGAAGAACCGGAGCGCGAUGUGCUUGGUUCUAGAGCUGAACAUCGCGUUGCUGGCCACAGUCAAUGCUCCGGUGCUGUCGCUGUUGAUGGGUACCGAUCGAAAGGUCUUGAAUCCGAUUUCCGUCAUGAAGUUGGAGAUGUAGACUGCCUCGCGAGCACUGAAGCUCAGCGCUUGAAGUUCGGCCUCCACGGUGUUCUGUGCUGCGAGAGUCUGUGCCUUGGCUCCGUAGCUGAUCAGUCCCCCUCCUAGGAAGAACAGGUAUCCGGUGGUAGACCUGCCGUUGUCUGGGUUGGCUCCAAAUGACGAGUCAGUGAAGCACGAGAGUCUGAACUGCCCCUUCUUGUACACGAUCGGCAGGUCCGGCGUUCCGCGUAGGUACCGUAGUAGGUGCUUGGCCGCAGCCAUGUGGACCUGUGCUGGGUUUGCGCAUGCCCGUGUCAGUUGGUGCACUGCGUAUGACAGAUCGUAGCGGGUGCAUUGGGCAAGGUACAGGAGACUCCCGGUGAUGGCCUGGAAUCUCUGCUUGUCCUCGGGUCCGAGUAGUUGGUCUUGUGGCUGCUCGGUUGAUAGUUCUGCUCCAUACCCGGGGGUGCUGACCGGGUUUGCCUGUUCCAUUCCAUAUCGCUUGUCGUGUCCUGCGAUGUCCUGGAUGGUGUCGUAGUCCGCGGGUUGUUGUUGCUG